CCUCACCUCCCCGUCACACCAGCACGCAGACCCGCCCUCCCCAUCAGCAGCAUCUGCUCUCCUUGACGGACCAAACCACACCGCGCAGUCCGCUCCAUCUCAGCCCAGCUGCUCUCUCCUGAGGAGUCAGCACAGACACAAACGAGGACAUCUUCUUUAUUAUCACCACACAACCUUCCUCUUGCCUUUUCUUCCUGGCAGCAGAUACAUUCCCUCUUCUGGCUGAAUUCCCUCUGAGAUGGAAGUGAGAUGUCGUCCAGCGGUGAUGUGCUGUGUUGUUUCGCUCCUGUGCUCCGCGCUGCCCCGGUCGCUGGGCUCUCUCCUCACGGACAGACAGUACCUGAACGAGUGGGCAGUGGAGAUCCCGGGCGGGCUGUCUGCUGCCGAGGCCAUCGCCAGGGAGCUGGACUACAAGCUGGUCCGACAGAUUGGGGCCCUGAAGGACCAUUUCUUGUUCAAACACCACAAUCAUCCUAGCAGAAUGAAACGAAGCGCCAACCACAUCACCAGGCGGCUGUCGGAGGAUGAUCGGGUGCUGUGGGCAGAGCAGCAGUAUGAGAAAACUCGCAGCAAGCGAGCGUCCCUCGGGGGGUGCAGGGACUGCCCGGUGGAUAAGCUGUUUGAUGAUCCCAUGUGGAACCAGCAGUGGUACCUGCAAGACACACGGACGUCAUCCUCGCUGCCGAAGCUGGACCUGCACGUGAUCCCCGUGUGGCAGAAAGGCAUCACAGGGAAAGGAGUGGUCAUCACCGUUCUGGAUGACGGGCUGGAGUGGAACCACACAGACAUCUACUCCAACUACGACGCAGCAGCCAGCUACGACUUCAACGACAAUGACCCUGACCCUUUCCCCAGAUACGACUCCACCAAUGAAAACAAGCAUGGGACCAGGUGUGCUGGGGAAAUCGCUAUGCAGGCUGACAAUAAUAAAUGUGGGGUUGGAGUGGCCUAUAACUCAAAGGUUGGAGGGAUUCGUAUGCUUGAUGGGAUUGUGACCGAUGCCAUCGAGGCCAGUUCUAUUGGUUUCAAUCCAGACCAUGUGGACAUCUACAGUGCCAGCUGGGGACCCAACGAUGAUGGCAAGACAGUGGAGGGCCCCGGCCGUCUCGCCCAGAAGGCCUUUGAAUACGGGAUCCAGAAGGGCCGUGGGGGGAAAGGCUCUAUCUUUGUUUGGGCGUCAGGUAAUGGCGGGCGUCAGGGCGAUAACUGCGACUGUGACGGCUACACGGACAGCCUCUACACUAUCUCAAUCAGCAGUGCCUCCCAGCAGGGCUUGUCCCCCUGGUACGCUGAGAAGUGCUCCUCCACUCUGGCCACAGCGUACAGCAGUGGAGACUACACCGACCAGAGGAUUACGAGUGCUGAUCUGCACAAUGAGUGCACUCAGACUCACACGGGAACGUCGGCCUCUGCCCCGCUGGCUGCUGGGAUAUUCGCCCUGGCACUGGAACAAAACCCGGAUCUGACCUGGAGAGACCUGCAGCACAUCGUAGUCUGGACCUCAGAGUUCGAUCCCCUGGCCAAUAAUCCCGGCUGGAAAAGGAACGGAGCAGGAUUGAUGGUGAACAGCCGCUUUGGAUUUGGCCUUCUAAACGCUAAAGCCCUCGUGGAUCUCGCUGACCCGGCCACAUGGAAGCACGUGCCCGAGAAGAAACAGUGUAUCGUCAGGGAUGAUUCUUUCCAGCCAAGGGAGCUGAAAGCAGCAGGGGAGAUCACCAUAGAGAUUCCAACCAAAGCCUGUGCAGGGCAGGAGAACGCAGUCCGCUCACUGGAGCAUGUGCAGGUGGAGGCCAGCAUCGAAUACACCAGGAGAGGAGACCUGCACAUCACACUCACCUCCCCAGCCGGCACCAGUACAGUGCUGUUGGCUGAGCGAGAGAGGGACACGUCCUCUAACGGGUUCCGAAACUGGGACUUCAUGUCUGUCCAUACGUGGGGAGAAGACCCUGCUGGGACAUGGACGCUAAAGAUCACAGACACCUCGGGCCGCAUGCAGAACCAGGGUCGGAUUUUGAAUUGGAAGUUGAUUCUCCAUGGAACGUCAGAGAAGCCGGAGCACAUGAAGAAAGCUCGAGUGUACGUUCCCUACAACGCCGUGCAGAAUGACAGACGGGGUGUGGAACAUAUGGAUGACAUGUUGGAGGAGCCCACACAGGCCCACCCACCUCCUAAGUCUGAAGCUGCUCAUGCUGCUCCCUCUUCCAAGCCACAGAAGAUGCCCAAGAGGCCCUCAAACCCACCCUACUCCCCCUCUCAGGCCCUGCUGCGUCUCCUGCAGACUGCAUUCAACAGGCAGACCCCAGUCCUGCAGCAGCCCCAGGCCAUAGCCAGAGCCUCCAUCUGGCAGCAGCAGCAGCAGCAGCAGCAGCAGCAGCAGCAGGACAGGAACCGCUCACCUCCAGCUACGAGACUCCCCCCUCAGAAGCUGUACCAGGCUCUGGACAUGAUCAACAAGUACAGCGGCCCCGAGGACAGCAUCUACAGCGACUACAGCGACGGCUUCUACAGCACCAAGCCGUACAGGCACAGAGACGACCGACUGCUGCAGGCCCUGUUCGACAUGAUCGAUGACAACAGCAAGUGAAGGCCUGGAGGAGAGGAGAGGAGAGGAGAGGAGAGGAGAGGAGAGGAGAGGAGAGGAGAUGAGAUAAGGGGGAGCUGUGGUUGUGUGUUGGUUGGGGAGCAGAGGAACAAGGCGAAGAGAGAAAGCGAAGGGAAGGGAUGAGGCAUUGGAGGAGUGAAGGAGAAUAAAUACAGGAAAGAAAACUCUUCCAGUCUUUCCCCCCAAAAUGCUGCAUAUCUGAUCUCUUUAAGUUCAUCUGCCAGUCUCCAUUCAUUAAUUAUUCCUUUUAUUCAGUUAGGGAAAAUUGACCACAUAUGUGCUACAAACUGUAUGUCCAUGUAAUGAAAGCGAAAGCGUUUAAACGUAUAAGAAAAGAAGGUGUCUCUUCUCUUCACUGCCUGCUCUAGCAUGCCACAGUUAGAAUAUAAGUUUUGUAUGAGUAUCUACAUAUUAUCUACACAGUAUAUUAUACAAAGACAAUGAUUGUAAUAUGGUUUUGAAAACAUCUAAAAUCUACACAUUCAAAAAUCCUGUUUCUAUUUAUACUUUUACAUUUUUUUCAUGUCUUUCCUGGUUUGUUUUUUGUUUUCAGGACACUUACUCACUUUAUUUACUUUAGAAACAGAAUUGAUUCUCAUUAAAAAAAAAGAAUUAAAUUAGAGUAACAAUUAAAAGAAAACCUUAAUUGACCAGCAGUUUGAAAACAUGUUGACUAACGAUUUAUUCUCAGGGUCUCUGCAAAGCUCAAGAAAGUUAAAAAUUGUAUUGUGGAUUGUAAGUAUUAAGAGAAGUAUAUUUAUUAUGAACUAUUAUUACUAUAUUAAAGUAUGCACAUGAAACUAUACAGUUGUAACGUGAACUAUUAAAAAUGAAAAAGCUUUGAUUCUGCUGAUAACAAAUGCUAAACGGAGCACUGGAAAGUCUUUAAGUUGGACUAAAGAUACAUUCAAAGUGGGAAAAAAUAACAGAUUUAUCUUCUUGUGCAGUUUCUUUGAUUUUGUACAAGUACAAUGCUGCAUUAAAUGAAAUAUUUUUCUAAGGAUCCUCAUAGUUUAUGGAAAUAAUAAUAAUAUAUACAGUAUCAAACCCUUAUUUUCUGGCACAGUUAACUCACUAACUGGUACGUCUCAUAACUACUGAUAAACACUGCCAACAUCUCUGCUGUCCAAAAGCUUUGUGUAUUCAGUGACUGCGCAAAUGGCAAACAUGUUGUUUGUUCAUCACCAGUAAUAAGCCAACUCGAGUCAGUUCCUCGAGUCGGACACAUAUUGUUAUUCAUUUGGUAUUAAAGGACCUAUCAGAGCUAACCAGAGACUCUGUAGUAUGGGGGCUCUGCACCGCAAACUCCAAGCAUAUUUGUCUUCAACGCCUUAAUAUUUGCUCAAUAAUAAAUGUGCUUACUCAUCUCCAUGCGGUGUAGAUCCACUUGCCGAUGCUAGACGUAGGUGUUUAUGACAUGAGUAGUUAGUAAGCCUCUGUGCAGAGUCUCUAUCCUCCAGCUUGGAACUGCCUGGCCCGCUUCUCUGCCAACAAGGUGACGGGAGAAAGAAGACGUGUGGGACAACGCUUUACAUGCACCCUGUAAUUUAUCUGUUCUUUAGUGUAACCUGUGCUGUUUUCUUUAUUUUUCUUUUUUGUUUUUGACUGAUGUCAAAAGUUGAUUACACAAACAAAUAUUUAUGUUGCAAAUUCUGUAUGGAUGUACAAAAAAAAAAAAAGAGAUUUAUCAUAAUAAACUGCAAAGUGAC